AUGGAGGAGCUGCCAAGAGCCACAGAUGAGGAAGUCUCUCUGGAAGCUGCACAGCAACUCGCCCCACCCGAAGCGGAUCCAGUCCCAGCCCCAGGGAUCCGAGGCACCAAGAGGGCAAGCCCCACCCCCAGACGCAGUAGGCCCCCAGCAAAGCCCCGCCGUGGCCGGGGCCAGUGGAGAGGGCCGCCAGGAAUGAUGCCAAGCAGUCCCCCGGGGCACCACCCCAGCUCCACCAGUGCACUCGCCGCGCACGAUGCACCGCACCACGCGUCACCGGCACCCGCCCCAACAGAGCGAAGCCACACCCCGACCCGGGGGCACUCCAAAGGGACCCCCGACGCCCGCAACCCGCCCACAACAGACACACACGAACCCCGGCCACAGGCGCGACCACCCACGCCCCCCCCCGGACGACGCAACCACGGCAAGCACCACGGCCAACCACCGAAACCCGGCACCGGAAGACGAGGCACGCCCCGACGCCCCGCAGAGCAGAAGCACCCCGGCCAGCACCACAAAAGAACCGAUGCCCGGCGCCCAGCCCCACCCAGCAGCAGCACAGCCACCAGGCCAGUAGCCCACGUCCGCCACCACGGAACCCCCCAAGAGCACCGCACGCGGCCGCCGCAGGACCCCCCCGCGGCGCCCCAGACCCCGCCCCGACGGGGGCAACAGUCCCCCGGGCCAGACCCGCCAGGCACCCCCGCUCCGAGCACCCCCCCGAGCCCCCAGGACCCAAGGACCCCCGAACUAGCCCCCGCGCCCCACAAGACGCACCCCAUAGCCCCCCACUACACUAAGUGAUGGAGCCGAUCAAGGGAGCCCAGAGAGAUCGGUCUGAUGGGGAUGCAGAUGCUGUCUCAAGAUUAAUAUGAUCCAACAACAGAUCUCUGUACUGAUUGAUGUUGAGUUUAUCCUUACUCUUCCAAUUCAUGAGGAUAG